UUGCAAAGGGGCUUGGCUUGGUAACGGGCUCUCAUAAUAAAUGCUGGGGUUGGAGCUUUCCCUGCUGCCUGACCCUCCAGUUCAUGAUGGAGGGCUCCCUUCUCUAUCUGGUGGCUGCCCUCCUGGUCUGUUUCCCGACUUCGUCCCACAGCCAACUCUACUCCAUGGUUGUCCCUAGUGUCCUAUGGGUAGAGAGUGAAGAGCAAAUUGUGGUGGAGGCUCAUGGACUCAACGUUGCCACAGAGGUGACCAUCUCUGUCCAUGAUUUCCCACAGAAGAGGAACACUUUGUAUCAGAUCAAAGCUACCUUGAACCGGGACAAUGGCAUGAUGGUGACUCCUUUCAUAAAGGUUCCUGCAAAAGAUCUUCAGAAGGAUUCCAAGAAAAACCAGUAUGUGGUUGUCCAGGCUACUUGCCCUCAAUUCACUCUUGAGAAGGUUGUUCUGGUCUCCUUCCAAAGUGGCUACCUCUUCAUCCAGACAGACAAAACCAUCUACACACCUGGAUCUUCAGUGCGCUAUCGUGUCUUCUCUAUGGGUCAUGGCUUGGAACGUUUGGACAAAAAUGUGAUUGUUGAAUUUGAGACACCAGAUGGCAUUGUUGUCAGCCAGACUAUUACCAAUUCUUCAUUACAGAUCACCCAGUCGUACCAUGUACCUGAGACUGUCAGUGUGGGAGUCUGGAAUGCUGUGGCUAGGUAUCAAGAUUCCCCCCAGGAGACUUUUAAAACACCAUUUGAGGUCAAAGAAUAUGUAUUGCCAAGCUUUGAAGUCGCAAUCGAACCGGCAGAAAAGUUUUAUUAUGUUGAUACCAAUGAAGAUUUCAUAGUGUCUAUCACUGCAAGGUACCUCUAUGGGAAGAAAGUAGAAGGUGUAGCCUUUGUCCUCUUUGGAGUGAAACUUGAUGAUGAGAAAAAGAGUAUUCCAGACUCACUCAGGAGAAUUCAAAUUGUUGAUGGGGAAGGGGAGGCAGCACUCACAAAAGCCAUGCUUCAGACCCGAUUUCGCAACACCAAUGAGCUUGUCGGACACUCUCUAUACAUCUCUGUAACAGUGAUGACAGAGUCUGGAAGCGACAUGGUGGUGGCUGAGAAAGGCAGCAUUAGCAUCGUGACAUCCCCCUAUCAGCUCCACUUCACAAAAACCCCAAUGUUCUUCAAGCCGGGGAUGCCCUAUGGACUGAUGGUAUACGUCACCAACCCUGAUGGCUCCCCAGCUACUCAGGUCCCUGUGGUAUCAGAGCCCAUUCAGGCUCAGGCCACCACCCAGAAUGAUGGGACUGCCAAGCUGAUCCUGAACACACCAGCAAACAUCAAUGAGCUAAGAAUCACUGUAAAAACCAGAAAAGAGGAACUCCCAGCUGAACGCCAGGCAACCAGGACCAUGGUGGCAACAGCCUACCAAACCCAGGGAGGAUCUGGGAACUAUCUCCAUUUAUCAAUUGCAUCUACUGAGCUCAAGGCUGGGGACAACUUAGCUAUCAACUUCAAUGUGAGAAGCAACAGUCAAAAUGUGCUGAACCAGAUCAACUAUUUCACCUACAUAAUCUUGACUAAAGGGAAAAUACUCAAGGUUGGGAGGCAACCCAAGGCUGCUGGACAGAAUCUAGUGACCCUGACCCUAGCCAUCACUCCAAAUCUCAUCCCUUCCUUCCGUAUUGUGGCUUACUAUCGUGUAGGGAACAGUGAAAUUGUGGCCGACUCUGUCUGGGUGGAUGUGAAGGAUACCUGCAUGGGAACGCUGGUUGUGAAAGGAGCAACUGCAGCUGACAAUCAAGUUCAACAGCCAGGACGUGCUAUGAACAUCAAAGUGGAAGGGGAUGCAAAUGCUCGGGUUGGUCUUGUGGUUGUGGACAAAGCUGUCUAUGUCCUGAACAGAAAGUAUAAGCUGACUCAGACUAAGGUUUGGGACACAGUAGAAAAGAGUGACAUUGGCUGUACUGCUGGCAGCGGUAGGAACAACGUUGGUGUGUUUGAAGAUGCUGGGUUGGCCCUGGAGACCAGCAGCAAAAUUUCCACAAAACAAAGAUCAGAUUUAAAGUGCCCCCAGGUAGCAAGACGGAGGCGUCGUCGUUCCAUACAGCUCCUUGAGUCUAAAACAAGCAAAGCGGCCCAGUAUGCAGACAGGGCAAUGAGAAAAUGCUGUGAAGAUGGCAUGUAUGAGAAUCCUAUGGGGUACAGCUGCGAAAAGCGUGCCGAAUACAUAGACGAUCAGAACGAGUGCAAAACUGCUUUCCUUGAAUGUUGCAACUUUAUUAAAAGCAUACGGGAUGCGAAUCAACGAGAAGAUCAACUGCAUCUGGCAAGAAGUGAUAAUGAGGAAUUGAUAAUGGAUGAGGAUGCUAUUGUCUCCAGGUCUGAAUUUGCAGAGAGCUGGUUGUGGGAAACCAAAGUGCUGACUGAACGUCCGAAUGCUCAGGGGAUCUCAUCCAAGACAGUGUCUUUUUACCUGAAGGAUUCUAUUACAACCUGGGAGGUGUUGGCUGUGAGCAUUUCAGAAACAAAAGGGAUCUGUGUGGCUGACCCUUAUGAAAUAACAGUCAUGAAGGAGUUCUUCAUUGACCUCAGGGUGCCUUACUCAGUAGUGAGGAAUGAGCAGGUGGAGAUUCGGGCUGUUCUCUACAACUAUGGAACAGAGAAUAUCAGGGUGCGAGUGGAGCUGAUUCACAACCCAGCCUUCUGCAGCGCUUCCACAGCCAAGCAACGCUACCGACAGGAUAUCAUUAUUAAAAGCCAGUCCUCCACUGCAGUGCCAUUUGUACUGGUCCCACUGCAACUGGGAAUCCAUGACAUUGAGGUCAAAGCAGCUGUUUGGCAAGUGAUGGUAUCAGAUGGUGUAAAGAAGAAACUGAGGGUUGUGCCUGAAGGAAUGCAGAGAAUACUUACUAAUAUCAUUCAAUUGGAACCCGAUAUAAAAGGAAAAAAUGGCAUCCAAGAAGAGCUGGUGAAAGCUAAUCCUUUAGAGGAUAUUGUUCCUGGGACUGAAACUGAGACCAAAAUUAUUAUCCAAGGAGACCCUGUGGCUCAGACUGUUGAAGAUUCCAUCGAUGGAAGCAAACUGAAACAUCUCCUCAUAACCCCUUCUGGCUGUGGGGAGCAGAACAUGAUCAGAAUGACACCCACAGUUAUUGCCACCCAUUAUCUUGAUGCCACCGAACAAUGGGAGAAGGUCGGUGUGGGUCGCAGGAAUGAGGCGAUCAAGCAGAUCAUGCAAGGUUAUGCCCAGCAGCUGGUACACAAGAAAGCAGAUCACUCCUAUGCUUCAUUCCAACAGCGCCCAUCUAGCACUUGGCUAACAGCAUAUGUAGUAAAAGUUUUUGCCAUGGCUUCCAGAAUUGUAUCUACUAUUGGAAAAGACAUCGUCUGUGGAGGUGUGAAGUGGCUGAUUCUAGAGAAGCAAAAGCCCGAUGGGAUUUUCACUGAAGAUGCCCCUGUAAUUUCUGCAGGAAUGCAGGGAGGCUAUAAGGGUGCUGAACCAGAGGUGUCCUUAACAGCUUUCGUCCUGGUUGCUUUGCUGGAAUCCAAAAGCCUCUGUGCGAAACAUGUCAAUGUUCUAGAAGGCAGCAUCAACAAAGCUACUGACUAUUUAAUGAAGAAAUAUGAUACAUUGGGAAGAUCUUACACCACAGCGCUCACAGCCUAUGCUUUGGCCCUAGCAGGACGGUUAAACGAUGACAGGGUACUCAUGGCUGCAUCAACAGCUGGGAACCGUUGGGAAGAAAAUAAUGCUCACACCUACAACAUCGAAAGCACCUCCUAUGCUUUGCUGGCCUUGUUGAAAAUGGAGAAAUAUGAUGGCACUGGCCUGAUUGUCAGGUGGCUGACGGAGCAGAAGUUUUAUGGUGGAACAUACGGACAAACCCAGGCAACCAUCAUGGUGUUCCAAGCUCUUGCUGAAUACGAGAUCAAGAUAGCUACACAUAAGGACCUGAACAUGAAUGUUGUUAUCAAAUUGCCAGAACGUCAAGAUCCAGUUCGUUUCAGAAUUGACUUCCAGGGUGCCCUUCUGGCCAGGACAGCAGAGGGCUGGCAACAUAAGGCUCAGUGAAGCCAGAAUCUAAAAUAUCAGUGAAACCAUAAACUGCUGUGUACAGUUUCAUUUGCAAGUGGAUCGUCCAUCUCCAAGGCACCACAAACUUGUUUAAUCCCACUAUUAAGAAAUAAAUGCCAUGAAAAAAUUCAGUUCUUGCAUUUCCAAAAAAUUUAUAAUGCUGCUGUAAAUAGCCCACAUAGAGCCAACAUAGGCCUGGCACAAACCGGCAAAAAGCACCAUCCUGUGGGCAGUGUGAGGGCUGAGCAUCCUCAUGCUCAAAGUAUUAACCGUGCUGCCCAAGUGCCAUCUUGAUGCAUGCCCAUUCAGACAGUGAGUGUCGUGAUGAUGCCCCUUUGGUGAAGCACCCAAACGCCAUGCGGCAGCAGCUAUAUAGUGAAGGGUCUGGAAACU